GCCCAGGUGUGCAAUAAAGGUUGAUAUAAUGAAGGCUUUUGACAUGGUUGAUUGGGAUUUUGUGAUCUUCACUCUCAAGAGAUUUAACUUUCCAUCUAAUAUGAUUUCUUGGAUCCAAGCUAGCAUCACAACACCUAGAUUUAGUAUCAACCUUAAUGGGGAGUUAGUUGGUUUUUUCCCUAGCAAAAGGGGUAUUAGACAAGGCGAUCCUCUUUCCCCCUAUCUUUUUUUCCUCAUCAUGGAAGUUUUUACUCACAUUCUUAAAGCUGAAAUUGCUACUUUAGAUUCUUUCAAGUACCACUGGAGAUGUAAGAGACAAAAGUUGGUUCAGUUGUGCUUUGCAGAUGACCUUUUCCUCUUCUGCCAUGGCUCUCUUCCCUCAGUUGUUGUGCUGAAAAAAGCUUUGGAUACGUUCCAAUCCCUGUCUGGUUUGAGUGCAAAUGCAAUUAAGAGCGAAAUCUUUAUUUCUAGAAUCCCUGAGACAUAAAGGGACCAAAUUAUCUCUUGCCUUGGAUUUCAGUUGGGGCAGCUUCCUGUCAAGUACUUGGAUAUCCCACUCAUUUCAACCAAGCUGAGGCCAAGAGAUUGUGCAAUUCUGGUGGACAAAACUGAAGCUAGAAUAAAAAGUUGAACUAACAGAUUUCUCUCUUGUGCAGGUAGGCUUCCACUUGUGAAAUUUAUUCUGUGCAAUAUGCAAAGCUACUGGUUAAGCCAUUUGAUCCUUCCCCCAAGAGUGUUCUAAAAAGAGUUGAGCAGUUACGAAGAUUUUUCCUAUGGUCUGGCAACGAGCAAAAGAAAGGAAUCUCUAAGGUGGCUUGGGAGAUUGUCAUUAAAUAAAAAUAGGAAAGUGGUCUUGG